AUGUGUGUCGUUUGUAUCACCAUCAGCGUCAUCAACGCCAUAGCCGCUUACCACACCUCGUGUCCAGUGCUCAAAGACUCGCCCUCAGUGCGACGGAUGCAGGCGUCAUCGCCUAUCCUGUCGUUACGCAGCCCCUCCACGUCCCAUUCCCCCGAGUCCAAUUCCUCCGAGGUCGAUCAGGAUGAAAAGAUCAAGGUCUUGGAGGCUAGCAAGCCCUCCGAGGACCUGAACUCUGAAGAUCAACGCCUAGUAGACAACUGGUACAACUCUGCGGAACAAUCCCUCUCGCAGAGCAAAAGCAAGGACCACUCAUGGCAGACCAUCAUCCGCCGCGAGACGUCCAAGCACCCUGCCUUGAGGCAUAGCACGCUGGCUCUGUCCGCCCUACAACUCGCAUCUACCAGUGAGGCAGGUACUCCGCAACGAGAGCGUCACUUCCAGGCGGCCAGAAGUCACUACACACAGGCCACGGAAAAACUACCUAGCAUCUUAGAAGACCCUUCAGCAUCCGGGUCCAACGCAGCAUUCUCCGCUGCAAGCAUUCUUUUCAUGUGCGACCUUGCGUCCUCUGCGCUGGCCGGAGAGGGCUUCAAGUCCGUUCUUCCCUCGCUCCGAAACCAAACACCCACCUCUCGAAAGGAGAGCAAUACCGCAUCGCCUUGCUCGUCUCCUUCCCUGCAGAAGCUACUCGAUCUCUUCGAAACCAUCAGAGCAUUACUCCCCAGCACAGAGACCCUGGACAAGGUCGAAAAUGGCGACCUUACAGACCUUUUCACCCAAGGAGAUCCAUACCAUCAACUUCCUAGCACCUAUACCCUCACCAUCCUCUCCAUGAAGAACCUGAACACCGUCAGCGCGAAACAGGACCCAUCGCACGAGACGGCCGUCUACGACGACACUAUUGCCAACCUAGACAACUCGCUAGAAAUGCUCACCAAAGGCGGCGAUCCGACGAUCAUCGCCCUCCGCUGGAUGUAUCGCAUCCCCUGCCGCUAUCUGGAUCUCGUCCGAGAAGAACAACCCUUGGCGCUCAUAAUUUUCGCCCAUUAUUGCGCGGUUUUGCACCACCUCCGGGACCGGUGGUGGAUGGCCGACCUGGGGACUCGGUUGUUGAAGGAGAUCUGUCGUCUUCUUGGGCCGGAGCGGAUGGGCUCGAUUUUAUGGGCCACUGAUAUCGUGGGCAUCCAGACAUAA